GCCUUCCAAACCCGUCACGUGCGUGGUUACGGGUGUUUUCCUGGAGAUGCGGUUCCGGUCUUGGGAGCUGCACCGACCCGGUCGCUCUACGAUUUUCCGACCCGGGGAAUACGACCACUCGGCCUGGGAUAUUCCGGUCACAAGAGCUGCUCUGAUCCGGGAAACCACUCGACUUGCGAUAUUCCGACCACUGGACCUGAUCCGAUCCGACCUGAGACACCGGUUCCGACUUACUAACACCAAGGCCAAUACAAUACUAAUGCUAAUACAAUACUAAUGUUAAUACAAUAUGUUAAUACAAUAUGU